GGGUUGUCGAAGUGACUCCACACAUAGAGCAUAAGAUGUGUGCUUUCCGCAGUGCUAGCUCUCAGCAAUUAACAUCUUAACAUUAAUGUCUUAACAUUGAACAUUUUCACUCAACACCUGGGUCGGCUCGUUUAGGUGUUUUGACAUGACGAACAGAAUGAUCGUCGUAAAUUUGCUCUGGACGUGUGUGAUCUGGAACAGAAUGUUGGUCACAGAAGGAUCUGCCUGCUCUGAGCCGCCAGAGUUUCAUCCCAGUGCGUCGUCUGAGGUCUGGGGUACCGAGGGGACCACCAUCACCCUGAACUGCACUGUCCUGCUCGCCUGGGACAGUAGUGACCCAAGCUGCAACAACAGCCUGCAGUGGUUCAGAGAAGGUGCACCCAUCAACGCCAGCCACUACCCCCAGAACACCACAGAAUGUCACCAUGGCAACCAGACCCAGGUGAGCAGCGUGCUGCAGGUGAAGCUGACGGACUCAACAGACUUCGGGCUCUACAAGUGCAUCGUGAGGAAUGCAUCGCUCACCUUCAGCUUACACAAGUCAGACCUGCCUAGUCACACGGCUACAGUAGUGGCGGCCUUCACCCUGCUGCUACUGCUGGGCUUGGCUGCACUGAUCUACUCCAGGUGCCACCUCAACCUGAAGCUGUGGUAUAAGAACACCUAUGGAGACUACGAGAUCAACGAUGGUAAGAUGUAUGAUGCCUACGUCUCUUACGUGAAUGACGAGAAUGACAAGAAGUUUGUGAACUUCAUCCUGAAGCCUCAUCUGGAGAACAGAUACGGACACAAACUGCUGCUCAACUUCACAGACAUCCUACCAGGAGCAGAGCCGUCUGCAGAGCUGGUGAUGAGCGUGAGCAGGAGUCGUCGUCUCAUCGUGGUCCUCUCUCAGUCUUAUCUACAGCAAGAGUGGUGCACCAGCAACUUCAGGCAGGGCAUGUGGCAUCUACUGGAGCUCUCCCAGAGACCGAUUUUCAUCAUGUUCCAGGCUCAGCAGAAGCAGCUCAACCUGGAGGUGGCGCACCAGCUCAAAGAACACGAACACCGUGUACACACACUCAUCUGGGGACCACGCUCCAUGACCCCCUCGUCUUCGUUCUGGAAGGAGCUGGCCCUGGUGAUGCCCCGUAAGGUGACCUAUCACAGCAGCCGGUCCGCUGGGGAUCCCCAGACACUCUUCCAGGAUGACAAGGACCCCAUGCUCUCUCUGCACCCGGACUACCUAGACUGCCGACCGGACCCUGACCCUGCUGGAGACCUGGGGCUCAGGCUGCCGAUCCGGGCCCAGCCGUCCAAAGCUCCGGUGUUGCCUGCGGCCCCCAUGGUCCCUGACCUCUCCUCUGAGCUUCGCCCCUCAGACAUUGAUGUGUCGGACCUCGGCUUACGUGACUACGCUGCACGCACAGACUUCUACUGUCUCGUCACAGAGGAUGAUAUCUGACUGAAGAGAGAGAUAGAGAUAGAAAUAGCAGCAAAGCUUCAUGUGUGACUGUGUGUGUGUGUGUGUGUGUGUGUGUGCG